GGAAGGAUGACGGGUUGCCUGGAACCCUUAGAGUUCCGAGACUUGGCUGCCGGGCCCGGUUGGGGCGGAAGAACCCUUCCAAGUUGACUUUUCGGGUGGAGGGAAGUCCUGGAGUUAGCAGCCCUGUGUGCUUGCGACUGUGGGCGUGGAGAGCUGGGAGGGAAGGAGUAGCGGCUGGAGCUGCGGCGCUCCUCCCGAGCCGACUGCGGCCACGCUCCCGGGACUUCCCGGACAGUGUUUGCGCCGCCCACCCCGUGGCCACGGGCCCAGGAUCACAUGGCUAGACCCGGCGCGGCCCGGGUGGGCGUCCUCCGCUCUCGCCGGCCUGCUUUUUGCGAGUGUAACGGUGGAGGCUGAAUUGAAAUCGGCAGGAGAAAAGAAGACGGAAAAAUCCCUGGCCAACCUCAAUCUGAACAACAUGCUGGACAAGAAGGCGGUGGGGACGCCCGUGGCUGCUGCCAACAGCUCGAGCUUCACGCCGGGCUUCCUGCGACGCCACUCGGCCAGCAACCUACACGCGCUCGCCCACCCCGCUCCCAGCCCGGGCAGCUGCUCGCCCAAGUUCCCAGGCGCCCCUAACGGCGGCAGCUGCGGUCCCGCAGGCGCGGGUGGCCCGGCCUCCUAUGGCCAGCUCAAGGAGCCUUCAGGGGGCAGCGGCGGCACGGCGCUGGUGAACAAGGAGAGCAAAUUCCGGGACCGCUCGUUCAGCGAGAACGGCGAUCGCAGCCAGCACCUCCUGCACCUGCAGCAGCAGCAGAAGGGGGGUAGUGGCUCCCAGAUCAACUCUACGCGCUACAAGACCGAGCUGUGUCGCCCCUUCGAGGAGAGCGGCACGUGCAAGUACGGCGAGAAGUGCCAGUUCGCGCACGGCUUCCACGAGCUCCGCAGCCUCACUCGGCACCCCAAGUAUAAGACGGAGCUGUGCCGCACCUUCCACACCAUCGGCUUCUGCCCCUACGGCCCGCGCUGCCAUUUCAUCCACAACGCAGACGAGCGGCGGCCCGCGCCAUCGGGGGGCGCCUCUGGGGACCUGCGAGCGUUUGGCGCGCGCGAUGCCCUGCACCUGGGCUUCGCCCGGGAGCCGCGGCCCAAACUGCAUCACAGCCUCAGUUUCUCAGGCUUCCCUUCGGGUCACCACCAGCCACCGGGAGGUCUGGAGUCGCCGCUGCUGCUCGACAGCCCUACGUCGCGCACUCCGCCGCCGCCCUCCUGCUCUUCGGCCUCAUCCUGUUCCUCCUCUGCCUCUUCCUGCUCCUCCACGUCGGCGGCAUCCACGCCCUCGGGCGCCCCGACGUGCUGCGCCUCGGCGGCGGCUGCUGCAGCAGCCGCGCUGCUCUACGGGCCCGGGAACGCCGAGGACCUGCUGCCCCCCGGAGCCCCGUGCGCCACCUGUUCGGCCAGCUCGUGUGCCAACAACGCCUUCGCCUUCGGCCCGGAGCUGAGCAGCCUCAUCACGCCGCUUGCCAUCCAGACCCACAACUUCGCCGCCGCAGCCGCCGCCUACUACCGCAGCCAGCAGCAGGGCCUGGCGGGGCCCGCGCCGCCCCCUGCGCAACCCCCCGCGGCCCCCGCGCCGCCCUCGCCGCCCUUUGGCUUCCAGCUGCCGCGCCGUCUGUCCGAGUCGCCCGUGUUUGACGCGCCCCCCAGCCCCCCGGACUCGCUGUCGGACCGCGACAGCUACCUGAGCGGCUCGCUGAGCUCCGGCAGUCUCAGCGGCUCCGAGUCCCCCAGCCUGGACCCCGGCCGCCGCCUGCCCAUCUUCAGCCGCCUCUCCAUCUCCGACGAUUGAGGCAAGGGGGCGCCCGUGAGGGGUUGGGAGAGGCGCUGCAGGGAGCCCCGGGUAGGGGUGACAGUGCCGCAGGCCGGACUUGCAGGUCCCGGCUGAGCACUUGGACUCGAACUCUGCUGGGAGGGGCCCUGCCCCCUCCCCUUUCGGUUUUCUUGUUUUGGUUUUUUUUAUUUUAUUAUUAUUACAAAGUUUCGUUCUUGUUGAAAUAGAAGCCAACGAACUUUUUGUGUGGAUGAACAAAAUAUUCACAACAGGCGGUUGUGAUGCGAUAGAACAAAAGAUACCAAACACUUGUUUAGGUCUCAGAUUCUGAGUUUGAAACUCUAGUUACAAAAAACAAAACAUCUGCCCAGCACCAGCAGCUAAAACCACAUUCCAUCUCUUUCACUUGAAAGCCUUAGUUACAGUCCAGAUGUGAGGACUCUUACCUUGGAAGGGGUUCCUAAUGUUUGUCUCAGACCAGUGCGAGCCGGCCCACUGCCACCUCCCUCAACUCUAAGAGUCUAGACUCAGUGUGUAAUGCCAGGAACAUGCCUUGAAACGAGUAGCCUUCAGCCCCGUUUGUCGCGGUUGUUUUUCUUGUUUGUUUUUUAAAAAGUUAUGUGUUUUGGGGUGGGGGGGGACCCUUGCAUUCCAAAGUUUGAUACUGGUCUCAUUGCCACCACUUGGUGGGUGUUUCGCUUAGAACCAUUUCCUCUGCUCUCUGGAAGCCUCGAGCAGAGCUCAGUUCGUAAUUGUUGGGAAGUAAGUGCUUCAUUUUUACCUGUCUUGAGUUGAUUGGCACCACUGCACCACAACUCAAUAUGAAAAAAAACUAUUUAACUUAUUUAUUAUCUUGUGAAAAGUAUACAUUGAGGGUGUUGUUCAUACUGUAUUUAUCGAGUAUGAUGAAAAGCAAUAGAUAUAUAUUCUUUUAUUAUGUUAAAUUAUAAUUGCCAUUAUUAAUCGGCAAAAUGUGGAGUGUAUGUUCUUUUCACAGUAAUAUAUGCCUUUUGUAACUUCACUUGGUUAUUUUAUUGUAAAUGAGUAAGAAAAUCUUAAUUUAAGAGAUUGUAUGUAAUAUUUAUUUCAUUAAUUUCUUUCCUUGUUUACGUAAAUUUCAAAAGAUUGCAUGAUUUCUUUACGGAAAUCUAUCUAUCUUGAUGCUGUGGAAGUAGUUUGAGAACAUUUUGAGUUUUUCUUAGAAUGUAUAAUGGUUGUGGCCCAUCCAGCUUUACAGAGAAAGAAUGACCACAUAGUCGGCAGCCAGGCUCACAUGUGGCAUGCUUUGCCAGUCCCGCUUUCUACACGGGACAGUGAGGAUUCCACCAGUUCUACUGUGACAUUGAGUAUGAAGACAUGUAGCAAUAAUGGGGAAAUGGUCUCAGUGCCUUCGUAGGGCCCGAACUUGCCUUAAAUCUUCCUCAACCAAAUAAGUAUUUCGUUAGUGUUUGUGAGAGAAUUUGAAUGUCGGAUGGGUUCACCUGCACAAAAGGAAAAGUUUUUUACCACUCUUUUUAUCUAGCUAUAAAGUGAAGAGGGUCAUCCCAGCGGUGAAAUGGUCUGCAGACCAUGAAUAUGCCUUGUUUCACGACAGCCCAAAACUUGUACUAUUAGUUUUCAAUGUAAAAAGGUAGGAAUGUCUCCUAGGCCUUCCUGGAUGGCGAAUGAAUGAGCAGGCGCUUAGUUCGUAUGUAGGUACAGUGGACACCCUGUGCGGACUCUGGACUACUCUGACAGUAGGUUUUUGAAUGUAACAAGAUGAGUCAACUUGAGUUUGUAAUAUAUUCUGGGGAAUCAGUUCACUACAGAUUGUGACUGUAAACAUUGUACUGUAAAUGUUUUGUAGUUUUCCCCCAAUAAAAUUUUUUGGGAAAAAAGUA